AGAGGAGACACACGCGCAAGACAGCGAUGUCACUGGAAGGGCUGAUGCAGGAUGCAGAGCAAAAGGCCUAAAGUAAAGAUGAAUGUGAAGGUUGUGAGCAUUUGAUUUGGGACGGGGCCGUCAGGGUGAAUCUCACAGUGAAAGGGAAAACGACGUGUUCUGGCUUAGGCUGUCUGGCUGUGCCCUGCUCCUGAAGCUGCUGGCGUCGGCGGUUUUCCGGUCUGUUCUGUCCCUAUCUGCCGUACUGUCUCUGUCUGAGUUAGCAGAGCUGGGACAAAAUACUGUGCGGGUUAGUUCUCCAGCAUUAGCAUUCUAUUGGAAUUAGCCGGGAAUACCCAGCGCUAUCAUUCUGGUGGAAUACUGGGACUUCACAGGCUCUCAUAAUGUAGGAUUAUACAACAGUCUUGCGAAAUGGAGCCUUUCUAUUGGGCAAGAGGUCAUAUGGAUUUGUUACCAGGUUUGGCCGGGAUUUCCAGCAUGUUUGGGAAAAAGAAAAAGAGGCUGGAGAUUUCGGCGCCGUCUAACUUCGAGCACCGGGUCCACACAGGUUUCGACGCGCGGGAGCAGAAGUUCACGGGUCUGCCCCAGCAAUGGCAGAGUCUCCUGGCAGACACUGCGAACAGGCCCAAACCCAUGGUUGACCCUUCCUACAUCACCCCGAUCCAGCUGGCUCCUAUGAAGACCAUCGUUCGAGGGAACCGCCCGCCGAAGGACGCGUCCAUCAACGGUCUCCUGGAGGAGUUCGACAGCAUCUCCGUGACGCGGUCCAACUCCCUGCGCAAGGAGAGCCCGACGGGCCCGCACCAGCCCCCAGGCCCCCCCCCCACCACCCCCCCCCACCCCCACGCCAACGUCCCUGAGGAGAACGGCUUCAGCCACUACUACUCCCGCUACUCCUGCGACCUGGACACGUCCAGCAGGGACUUCUCCCUGGACUCCUACGGGAAGGACGGCAAAGGCUUCGCCCUGGACGGCGACUGGGCUGUGGGGAGACACUACCGCUUCCCCAAGCAGAACGGCCACCUCGGCCACGCCACCCGCGUCCCCUUCUACCCCGACGCCAUGCCCCAGAAGGCGGACUACCACAAGCUGCCGCCAGACUACCACACGUACCUGGAGAACAAGGUGGGCGGGGCGCACUCCGUGGACGAGGCGGGCUCCGGGUCCGGGGUGGGCAGCGGCGGGGGCUCCGCCGGGUCCACGACAGGGGCGUACUACCGCGCGUCCGUAGGCGGCUCGUCCAGCCAGGACUACCGGGACGCGUCGAUGGUGGGGACGCCGUCGCGCGCCUCGCUGCACAGCGAGCAGAUCAACUACCCGGAGAGCGAGUGGAGCUACAGCGGGGUGUCCAGGGACGAGUAUGAGAAGAGGCCCAAGUCGUCGUACGUGACGCAGACCAGCCCCACGCCGGCUAUCAGGCAGCGCUCCAGGUCAGGGUCCGGCCUCCAGGACCCCAACGUCCCCUACGGGGCCACUGGGGCCUUUAAGAGUCCCCUACAGACGCACCCCUACAGCUCCUACACCUACCCGAGACUCUCGGAAACACUCACCAACUCACAGGCCAUGACCAAGGGCGAUUACGACCGUCCGUCUCGGGACGGCAGCCCUCAGGUUCCAGGGUCGGACACAUACCCCCGCGGGCCCCUUAAACUACCUCAGAGCCACAGCAAGCCCCCUGGCUACCCCUCGGGACACCACCAGUACCCCCCUGUGUUCCACCACUACAAACCCUCCCCCUACCAUCACCCCCCCUCACAGCCCAGCCCGCCAUACACCCCACAGGGGGCGUACUCCCAGCCAUCGUCACCUUACAUCCCGCCCGGGGCCUACCCCCCUCCCUCCUGGGGCUCCAGUUCAGACGCCCAGCCCUCCAGGGUCUCCCAUGAACAGUUCAGAGCCGCCCUGCAGCUCGUCGUCAACCCAGGUGACCCCAGGGAGUACCUGGACAGCUUCAUAAAGAUUGGCGAGGGAUCGACGGGCAUCGUUUGCAUCGCCAGCGAGAAGCACAGCGGCAAGCAGGUGGCGGUAAAGAAGAUGGACUUGAGGAAACAGCAGAGGAGAGAACUGCUCUUCAACGAGGUGGUCAUUAUGAGGGACUAUCACCAUGAGAACGUGGUUGAUAUGUACAACAGCUACCUGGUUGGGGACGAGCUCUGGGUCGUUAUGGAGUUCCUGGAGGGCGGGGCCCUGACAGAUAUUGUCACUCACACAAGGAUGAACGAGGAGCAGAUAGCCACAGUGUGUGUGUCGGUGCUGAGGUCCCUGUCAUACCUUCACACACAGGGUGUGAUCCACAGAGACAUCAAGAGCGAUUCGAUCCUCCUCACCAGCGACGGACGGAUUAAACUGUCUGAUUUUGGCUUCUGCGCCCAAGUGUCCAAAGAAGUGCCAAAGAGGAAGUCUCUGGUGGGCACGCCCUACUGGAUGGCACCGGAGGUCAUCUCCCGGUUACCUUAUGGCACGGAGGUGGAUAUCUGGUCGCUGGGCAUCAUGGUCAUUGAGAUGGUGGACGGGGAGCCCCCCUACUUCAAUGAACCCCCUCUACAAGCCAUGAGGAGGAUACGAGACAAUCUACCCCCACGGUUAAAGGAGUCCCACAAGGUCUCGUCAGUUCUGAGGGCCUUCCUCGACCUGAUGUUGGUUAGAGAACCGUCUCAGCGAGCCACAGCCCAGGAGUUGCUCCAGCACCCCUUUCUCAAACUCUCGGGCCCACCCUCCUGCAUCGUCCCCCUUAUGAGGCAUUACCGCCACCGCUGACCUGACCUUCCACCACCAGGGCAGCGCCACAACCUGCCAAAUAAACAAACACCCACCUGUCCUGAGAGACUGCGCCACUAAAACACUCACACCUGUAACCGUGAAGUAGUUUAGCUAAAGGAAUUAUUUACAAAGAAAAGAUUAAAGUAAAAUGUGAUAUCUUCUAUUUUGAAAAAUACUAUAUAAUGUUUUAACACUGGAGUAGGAGUCUCAGUCUUUGGGGACAGGAAAGCUCCUUGUCCAGGCCAAAAGCUAACAACAUUAGCCUCUUGGUUCAUACUCUUGGUAUCACUAGGCUGUUAGACCAGUAGAGAUCUAUAGGGUGGGUCGUCCCGUUGCAGUUUCCUCUCUUUCUAGGCUGUCCGUGAGUCCUGACAACCAGUAGAGUUAGAAAGUAGUAGCCAUCGACUAGAGCGCAGACGAUGUGCAGGGAUUGGCUGAGCCUGGCUGGCAGCCAUGUUGAGGGUCCGAUGACACGCUCACCAUCCCCAGACACGAGCAGUACAUCACAGAGCGAUCAGGAAGCAGUGUUUGGUGUUGACGAAUGUUUGGUGAUGUCUGAUUGGGAGCGAUGUAGGCGAGUCUGGCAGGAAGACAGACUGUUCUCCUAUUGGUGGAAUAAAACAUCGCUCUCUUCACUUCUCUCUUCUUACACUAACAGUGAAAAUGUAUUUUAGAGAAAUAUGUACGUUUUUCUGUACAGUUUUGAUAAUUUGCAGUAUUUUAUUGUGUCGUAACCAUUGUGAUAUGGGCAGUAUUACAUAGAAAUCAGAGUUUCUGCAAAGAUCUUUCCUACUGUUUAUAAUAAUAAUCCAUUUUUUCAUUAAGAAUAUAAGAGGUACCCUAAAUAAACCAACCCCUAACUGUUACAAAAAUAAACCUGAAUAUAUUUAUUAUCUUACAUUUGUAGACAAAAGCGCCAUUGUGUGUGGGAAAAAAGGGUAAUUCCGGAAUUUUGUAUGCUAUUGUAAAGUAUUUAUUUAUUUUUUGGAAUUGAAGGAUUAUUUUUUGGUAGUGUGGCCUUUCUUUCUUUUGUAUUUUACAUUGCAUAAUAUCAACAGCCAGACAGUGAUAUUGGUUAUAUCAUACAAGCAAUACCCGAAACAUAUUUAUCCUUACCUAUGUAUUCAUAUUUAGAACAAUUUCAUUUCACAGAAAUCACACAGAGCACUUUCUGAGUGGAUUUGAUUAUGAGGACAAAGAAAUGCUUCUUUGAAACAAAGCCAUGUUUCUUUGCCCAUCAUCACACUCCUUUAAAUUUAAUGGGCACUCCUACAAGACUCCAAUAGCAAUAUCUAAGCAGCUCAGUCUGACACUGAUAUAAGCUUGGGUUUUUCCACUCUCACACAAUCUGUUCUUUAUCCCACCACACACAUACCAUGGGACUGUGCCGCUCCGCAACCCGAUUCUCAGUUCUGACUGGACUGGAGAACAAUGUAACCCCAUAUCAUUUUUACCCAUCAUUCACUGUGAUAUGUAAAUAUGAACAAGUGAGCGUGUAUAUGAACAUGCGAGAUAGAGUGUGUGUGUGUGUUUGCGAGUGAGCUAUGUUUGACGAAUGUCUGGGGAAUACUACUACUGUGGUGUUUGCUUGUACAGCGAUAUUGCAUGUUUGUUAUCAGUGAAGCUGGUUUCAAUUAAAAAGCCCAUCAAAAUAUU